AUGAAGACAGACAAAGAAUUCCGCUGCACAGUCUGCAACCAACCCUUCAGCCGCAGUGAUCACCUGAAAAGACACCAUCUGCGCCAUACCGGCAAGAAGCCAUACUUCUUGAUAAUCUCCGCCAUCACUAUCCAGAUUGCGCUAAGCGCGGAGAACAUGAGAUACCAGAAAAUACCCAGAGAGGUAGACGGCGACAUGCUUGCCAAUCAUUGCCGCUACGCACAGUGUAUCUCGUUGAAACUUCGUUGCGACGGAGAAAGUCCAUGCCAGUCCUGCUGCAAGAAAGAUAUAAACUGCAACAAUGUGCAAGCCUCCUGCCCCAAAAAGUCCGAUUUUGACAAAGUACAAUCGGCGUUGAUGAGGCACGAGUCUUUUAACCAGUCAUCAGAUCGUGAGUCAGUCAAAUCUUUACUCAAUGGUGGGACAGACAGCUUCACUGAGACAUUUCGACAUCCACCGCGUGAAGAGCGGCCCCGGGGCCUCAUAUAUCACACCCAGCACUUGGAAAGCCAAAAGACAGAUGCUACUCUUGCGUUUAUGGAUUCCAGCGUUCCUGAACUUCAAUUAUUCCAAGAAGACUUUCUCGACUUUUUUAACAGUCCUUUCAGCGUUGGACACAAAUCUCCACAUAACGGUAGUCCUUAUCAUGACCUAUCUGCGCAAUUUGCCAAUCACUCCGUAUUCUGGAAUGAUACAAUCUUUGAACCUGAACCGCCAUUCGUGAUGGCCUUGGCCGAAUCCAUAUUGGCGCGAGGUUGCACUGUUUUGACGGAUGCUAACGCCCGUGAAGACCUCUCUACCAACCUUAUAUUUCUCCUGACAACCGCACGCAUCCGAAAGUUCGUCGCUUUCUAUUUUACGUAUUGGCAUCCAAGCUGUGCGAUGGUUCAUGAGCCUACUUUGGAUAUCGAAACGAUGUCUGUCCCAUUGUUAGCUUCGAUGGUCUUUAUGGGGGCGAUGUACAGCACUGACCGGAAAGAGCUCACCGUUGCGAAGCGGUUACUCGAUUUUGUGGAGCUUUUAAUCUUUUCUAAUAAUGUAUUCUCACCAGAGAGUGUGAUUGAGGCUAAUUUCACCGGUGACCUAUGCUAUGAGGACGGACUGGACGAUUGGGUCAAGUUCCAAAAUUUACAGGCAGGACUCUUGAUCACCGUGAUCCAAUACUGGGCGGGGAGCCGGAUUUCGCGGGACCGUGCGAUUGAGAGCCGAUUUAGUGAGGUUGUCAAGGUUGCUCGGGGGAUUGAGCUGGUUAAAGCUCGACACCAACUUCAAGAAUGGGCCUCGGAGCAUUUGUGGAUCCAAAAAGAGUGCCACAUUCGUACAAUCGCAAUCCUCUCUUUGCUUGAUUGCGCUUUUUUCUUUUACCAAAACUACCCAUGUCGCCUAACAUCCAGCGAGAUGGAAUUCGAGCUUCCUUGCAAAGAAUCGAUUUUCCAGGCGGAGCAACCGUUUAGUGAGCUCCAUUUCCGAUUUUCGCGCGGGGUCACGAUUUCCAAGGCUUUCAAGGGCCUCUUUGAUGAUAAUACUCAGGUUGGCUGUCGACAGCGGUCUCUUGAGACUAGCCAUAUGGACUUAACAAUCUUAGACAUGUUCAUUUUGAUUCACCUGCUAUACGUCUUUAUCGACAUGCAAAUGUCCACCUUGGGUCCAUUCAUACACCGGAGCCAUUUCGACAAUAACGCGCAGGGCAGGGGAGACAGCGGUCCAGGCACAAGUCUCAAUUCCAACGGCUCAGUUCUCGACACGAUCCGCAAAGCUUUGUUUCGCUGGCGUGAUCACUGGGUUGCACUCCGCAGCCAAGUUUCUCAGGAAGAAUGGGCUUCACUGGGGUUCUACAAGAAUGGAUACAACUUCUGGCUCGUCUCGCGCCUACUGGUGACACAAAAAGAAUCUGUCGAUGUUAUUAUGCGGAUAGAAGUGAACUGCAGAGAUAAACUACAGGAGCUGAAUGCAUUGUUGCUUGAUGAGAGGGACUAA